CUUUGCUUGCUGUCGACCUAUGAAUGCUUAUUCGAACCCAUCUUGGUCAAGGCUAUGCUAAACUCCGAGCCCUUGACACAGUCUCAACAGGAAAACUGGAAGCCCGUUAUCACCCCGGAGGAGUAUUCAAUAUGCCCAAAUCAUUGCUAUUCAAGCUGUACAACAACUACUUAGUCCGGCAAUGCUGCUCCAUUGUUGUGUGACGGUCUAUUCCCGGUUACUUACAGUAGUAGCAGAUGACGAACACAGCGGAGGAACCAAGUCCUACUUAACCAGGAGGCGGAUUGAGCUAUCAGGGGUCAAAGGUUAAACGUUGCAGUUUACUUGAGGUCAUAAAGCAGUUCGGCGUAGGCCGUUCAAGUUCAUGCCAACAGAUCUGAUAUUUUCGAGUACC